AAGGAAUAGAUAAUAACAAAAUGGAAUCAUUUGACAUAAUCCUAGCAGCUAAAAAAGCACAAAGGUUUUGAUGUCUUUUAUGGUUUUUGGAUUUAUUAAUUGGUAAUAUGUCGAACCAUAAUUAUGAAAUUGAUCAAUUAGUGUAUGCAGCAUAUAAUGGCGAUUAUGAUUUGGUGUAUGACGCAUUGCUUACUGGUGUAUCUCCUAACAGUUGUGAUUCAAGGGGUCAUUAUCUGCUUCAUGCAGCUGUAGCUGGAAGUCAAGUUACGAUAUGUAAUUUAUUAGUUACAUCAUGGCAUGCAUGGAUUAACGUCACAUGUAAAGGUGGUAAUACUCCUCUUCAUGUUGCUUCUGACGUAGCAGUAAUUGAACAACUUUAUAGAAAAGGAGCCUUAAUAAACUAUUUAAAUGAUGAAGGAAGAACACCACUAAUGACUGCCAUUAAAAGAAAAAACUAUGAAGUAAUUAAAAAAUUAAUUCAGUUAGGAAGCAAUAUUAACGCAGCAGACAAACAAGGAAUGACAGCUUUACAUUUUGCUGCAAGUAUUUUAGACAUAGAACCUAAUUUUAUUCAAAUUCUUUUAAACUCGGGUGCAAGUUUAAACGCGGUAACAAAAGAAGGUUACACCCCGCUUUUUUUAGCAUGCAUGAAUGGUAACAUAAAUAUAGUUAGGCUGUUAUGCACAGAUCAUAACAUCAACAAAAUAGAUUUUAUUGGUCACUCUCCAAUAUGUAUAUUUCUAAAAAAUAGUCCAUAUGAAGUAAAUAAUAAAGAAGAAGUCAUAAAUUUUUUAGAAAUGUUUAUUUCUAGGGGAUGCAAUCUGAAGCAUAAAACAAAUGAUGGAAAAUCACUUCUUAUGCUAUUUAUAGAGGGACUUAGUAAUAGUGACGAAAUAAUAGAAGAUUCUAAUUUAUGUGAAAUAUAUUUAAAAAAUGAUGUAGAAAUGAUAAAAAAUGUAAUUAAUUUAAUUAAUGAUGGAGAAAACAUAAAUUUUGCUGACGAAAAAGGAGAAACUGUUUUGCAUAAGUUAGCUUGGAUCGGAAGCAUACCUAUCGAUAUUAUAGAACAAAUUUUAAUAUUAGGGGCAAAACCGCAGAUUGUUGACAAACUAAAUAUAUCACCGCUGCAUUUAGCUGCUUCUGCAGAUAACGUUGAUGUAGCUAAAACUUUUAUCAAAUAUGGAGCUAAUAUUAAUGCAAAAGACAUUUAUGGUUCGACAGUACUUCAUUAUGCUGCAUAUAGUCAGUCGUUCAAUAUAAUAGAAUAUUUAAUUGAAGCAGGUGCUUUAGAAAAUGAACUAAAUAAUAACGAGCAAACAUUUUAUGAAACUCUACAACAAAACGAUAAGUGUGAACUUUUUGAUACUUACUUAAAACUUAAAGAAAACGCACCUUUAACUGAAGUUGUUAAUGCAGACAAUCAAAUAUCUAGAUCAUUAAUUGUUUCGAGCGAGGAAGAUAUUAAACCAGAAUACUUUGUUCAACAUAAUAAAAAAAAUGAUAUUUUAGAGAAAAUAAUUUUUCAAAACAACGUUGGGUCAAUGUUUUUAAAUGAAGCCGAAAAAGAGGUGUAUGAUACAAUCCAAUCUUUUAUGCUAAAACUUUGCAAUUUUGUAUCAAAAGAAGAUGCAUUUUUAACAUGCAUUCCAACAAUAUCUGGAAGUGUCAGUGAAAAUACUAAAUGCGGACUUCCAAAUGAAUUUGAUUACUUGCUUAUAUUUGAGUCACUUGGUGAAGUGUGCGAAGUAGUCGAAACUUCUAGCUCAGGACUUAUACAUAUGCGUUUCAAAAGCGAAAAGAAGUACUUUGAUAAUAAAACAAGUUUCAAAUACUUUUUUCGAUCCGAUAAUUUUAUAAGCAUAGAAACGCUGGAAAAAAGCUUAACCAGUGUAUUAACUAAUGUAUUAGGAAAACCUGACCUAUACAAAGAUUCAACAGCAAAUCUUUAUAAUCUCAGCGCAAACUAUUUAUGUAAAAGCGGCGCCUCUUUUAAUAUACUUUUAAGGUACACAGGUCGAUAUCACAAAAAUUUACAGGUUAACAUCGAUGUUGUACCUGUUAUACCAAUUAGGCAAUUAAUAUCUGGAUUAAAAAACUUGUCAUUUUUAUUAGAUGAUAAAAAAAAAAUGCCAAAGUUAAUGGUAUCUUUUAAAAAUGCUUUGUGGAUAGGAAGAAAAUACGGCGGUGCACUUAGAAUAUCGUUUUCUCUGUUAGAAACUAAUAUUUUUAAUAGAAUUCCAUCAAAUGCUCGUAUUGGAUAUACCCUUUGCAAGGCACUCAUUCUUCAUGAAAAUUUUCCAAAUUUUUUGUUCAAAAAUAACAAUUUUCCCAUAAUACACCAAACUAAUAUUACGUCAUACAUUUUAAAAAACACUUUAUUUUAUGAAUUAAAAUUUCUAUAUGAAUCGAGAAAUGUUGAUUUGAACUCAAUUAAUAUUGUUGAAUGGACUGUAAGAAUAUUUAAACGCCUUUAUGUUUCACUUGCACAAGAUAACGUAAAAUCGUUUUUUCUACCGAAGGUCAGUCUUCUUAAAGAAAAAUAUAGCAAUUUUUAUGAUUCCAAUUAUGAAAAGCUAGAUGCAUCAUUUGAAGAUGAUUUAACAAUUGUCAGCAGCGGCAAAAUUACUAGUGACUAUGAUGGCUCUCAAAAUGUUAUUGACAUGAUGGUGAUAAAAACUGUUUUAUUGUUAAUAGGUACAAAUCAAAGUACUAACUUUUUUUACCAUGACCAAAACGAUAGAGUAAUUUAAAUAACAGCCUUGAUUAAUGCAAGAUGAACUUUAAAAUAAAAAAGUUUUUAUAAAUUAAAUAAUCUUUUAAUAAGUGCAUUUGUAAAUGAAUGACAAUGAAUGAGUUUGUAGGGACCAAUCCUAUUACUGGAAAAGAUUUCUUUCUAUUACAUGUUAU